AAAGCGCAAUGACGUUCGACUGAGGACGGUGGUUUUCGUCCGUGCGGGUCGCGAAGUCUAGCGAUUUUGUGAGAAUAUUAUUUAUUUCCGAGUAUACCGGUGUCUCGGGCUCCGCGAGUCGCGAUGGCGGACGAGGAGAAUAACUGUGACGAUGGUGGUGGUGAAAUGAAGGUGGAUCAGGCGCUCCGCUUGCGAGGCCGGAAGGGUGCCCUCAAGAAGAAGAAUGUUUACUUCGUGAAGGACCACAAGUUCAUGCCGAGGUUCUUCAAGCAGCCGACGUUCUGUUCCCACUGCAAGGAUUUCAUAUGGGGCUUUGGAAAACAAGGCUUUCAGUGCCAAGUAUGCAGCUUCGUGGUGCACAAGCGAUGCCACGAGUACGUCACCUUCACCUGCCCCGGCGCCGACAAGGGAGCGGACUCCGACGAUACAAGAACGCGGCACAACUUCCGCGCGCAUACGUACGCGUCGCCGGCAUUCUGCGACCACUGUGGCUCUCUGCUGUACGGGCUCAUCCACCAGGGCCUGAAAUGUCAAGCAUGCGACAUGAACGUCCACAAGCGCUGCGAGGAGUCUGUGCCCAACCUGUGCGGCUGCGACCACACCGAGCGGCGCGGGCGCAUCCUGCUCGCCGUGUCCUGCCACGGGAACAAGCUCAGCGUCGAGGUGAAGCAAGGCCGCAACCUGAUCCCUAUGGACCCGAACGGCCUCUCGGACCCCUACGUGAAGAUGAAGCUGAUCCCCGACUCGGACAACGUGAAGAAAAAAACCAAGACCAUCCGCAGCACGCUCAACCCCGUGUGGAACGAGACGCUGACCUUCGAACUGAAGGCGGAGGACAAGGACCGGAGGCUGCUCAUCGAGGUGUGGGACUGGGACCGAACCUCCCGAAACGAUUUCAUGGGGUCCCUCUCCUUUGGCAUAUCCGAACUGAUGAAGGCCCCAGCUGAGGGCUGGUUCAAGCUCCUCACGCAGGAGGAGGGAGAGUUCUACAACGUGCCGGUGCCUGAGGAGGGCGCUGACCUCGCCCAGCUGAAGAACCAGAUGAGGGCUACGAGUGUUGGAGCUCGUAGGGCUCCGCCCCCGCCUGAUAGGGAGGUGCCGCACAACAUGGCGGCUGCGGACGUCAUCAGGGCAUCGGACUUCAACUUCAUCAUGGUGCUCGGGAAGGGGUCUUUUGGGAAGGUAAUGCUGGCCGAGCGCCGCGGCACCGACGAGCUCUACGCCAUCAAGAUCCUGAAGAAGGACAUCAUCAUCCAGGACGACGACGUGGAGUGCACGAUGGUGGAGAAGCGGGUCUUGGCUCUGAGCACCAAGCCUCCCUUCUUGGUGCAGUUGCAUUCCUGCUUCCAGACUAUGGAUCGUCUAUACUUUGUGAUGGAAUACGUGAAUGGCGGAGAUCUUAUGUUCCAAAUUCAGCAGUGCGGGAAAUUCAAGGAGCCCGUUGCCGUAUUUUAUGCAGCUGAAAUAGCCAUCGGACUGUUCUUCCUACACUCGCGCGGGAUCGUGUACCGCGACCUGAAACUGGACAACGUGUUGCUCGACCAAGACGGCCACAUCAAGAUCGCUGACUUCGGGAUGUGCAAAGAAGGCAUCAACGGCGACAAAACCACCAAGACCUUCUGCGGGACGCCAGACUACAUCGCGCCAGAGAUCAUCUUAUACCAGCCGUACGGCAAGUCGGUCGACUGGUGGGCAUACGGGGUGCUGCUGUAUGAAAUGCUUGUGGGACAGCCGCCGUUUGACGGCGAAGAUGAGGAGGAACUGUUCGCUGCUAUCACUGAUAACAGCGUGUCGUAUCCGAAGACUUUGAGCAAGGAAGCGAAAGACGCGUGCAAAGCGUUCCUGACCAAGAAUCCGCAGAAGCGUUUGGGAUGCGGCGCGCGCGGCGAGGAGGACGUGCGCUUGCAUCCCUUCUUCAAGCGCAUCGACUGGUCGCGUAUCGAGGCCAGAGACGUGCAGCCGCCUUUCAAGCCCAAGAUCAAACACCGCAAGGACGUGUCGAACUUCGACAAGCAGUUCACCCAAGAGAAGACGGAGCUGACGCCGACGGACAAGCUGUUUAUGAUGAACCUCGACCAGACCGAGUUCAUGGGCUUCUCCUUCCUCAACCCCGAGUAUGUGCAGCACGUCUGAACCGACGAGGGUUGAGCCGCUCUUCCAACACUACAGAAGCUGACUUAGCACUCGCUGCCAUCGCUCCGAGGCGAGGGUAUCUCUCCAUCUGUCGACUGUCUCUGUCACUCUCACGACGCCAGUCGUUCGCUAUCUCGUUCAUUCUCGACUGUAAGCUACGUUUCAUUCGGAACUGUAUUUCCAGUGUUCUCAUGAAUGGGGAUCGAUGAGCAUAUGAUAACAAAAACAACAAAAAAAAAGCUCAUUCCCGUUUACUUUUUAAUUCUAAGAUUCUUCUUCAACAUUUACUUUUCAUAUCCAUCCAAUACGACAUGACUAAAAUAAGUUUAGUUCCAUUAUGGUUAUGUAUUUUCGCAAUAAUUUGUUUGUGUACAAUAAUAUUGCAAUGUAAUGUCUCAACGAAUUUCGCAAAGCAAUACUAUUAAAUAUUGACACGUAAUUUUAAGUUAGUAGCUCUCUAAUUUGUGUGUUAAUUAUUGACAGCUUCUCGUUUGUUUUUGUUUUAGAAUCUCGAUUUAUCUCGAUUUUAGUGUCAAGGAUAUAUCAUAAUCAUGGGGCCACUCGGUUAACUUAGUGAAUACGAUAUCGCUCAUACGGCUCGCGACUUUUGUCGAAAUACUUCGUGAUUUCUGUGGGGUUUACUUAACAGGAAUUGCGAGGCUGUGUACAUCUCAUUUUGUUAUUUCUCAUCUCCUAUCACAUAUCAGUGUUAAUGUAAAUAGAAUAAUCAAUGUCGUGUCGUGUGGAUGGCGCUGACUGAUACGUUUUGGAUGCCAGUUUUCCAAGGAGCUUAAAACCUUCUAUUUUAUUUUCUUAAUUUAUUUGAAGCUCAUUUAUAUUAUUGUUAGAAUCUCGACAUUCGUUAUUUUGUAGUUAGCAAUCAAUUAGUUUAUUUGUUGACAUUGGCCUUUUCCUCAAUGGCCAAAGAUAUUAUUUACAGUUCGUCAAUCGGUCUGCAUAUUAAGUUUUAAUUGUCUAUGGUCCAUUGUUAUUAUUUUGUUACGUUUUGAAAUAGUUUUGCUAUAUCGUGAUUGCAUUUUGUGAUGUAUGAUCUAAUCAUGUGGAUAUGUGCGUUUAUUUCACUAUUCGUGUGUAAGGGUGUGUGAUGUUAGUAUGUGUGAGUGUGUGUAAUUUCAUUUUGAUUCGCGUUGUGGUCUUAUUAGACGAUGUGUUAUAAAAAUAUUUUAAUUUUUAAAUACCUAUACUUUUAAUCUAUACCUAAAUGUAUUCGUUGAACUAGAAUUAUCACUGCCCAAAGCAAUAAAAACAACAGAAAAUGUUAUGUUUGGUUGCCUGCUGUCAUUUUAUCAUAUUAAAAAGAGUGAAAGUAUCUAUCUAAUUUAUUAUGAUUUUCUUUUCUUUUUCCACACUUUCUAAUAAGAUGACAAAUUGUUUUAAACAGCUAAACGCUGUCGUUUGUCUACUAAAAUAGCCUUACUAACUUAAUAUUAUUAAUAUCGCUAAUAAAAAAUACAUUUAAACGUCGUUACACUCUUACUAGAUUAAAAUGUGAAUUUUAAAUGAAAAAGCAUUCGAUUCUAAAGUGAAUUGUAAUAAAUGACAUUUAGGUGUUUUAAUUUUUAAUGUAGGUAUAUGCAUUUUGGGUAUGAAAUAGUUGCUCUUCGUAAUAUUAAAUUAAAUUAUUGAAUAUUUUACGCUAGGAUAAGUUGUUUUUAGCUAGAUCUCCGUUCGUCGAGUGUUUCGUAUUCAGCGGUUAACGUUAUACCUAUCUAGAUCAAAUAUUAGCACUAAUUUCUAUUCUUUAUUAGGCUUAAGUAUUAAUUAAUAAUUUAAGAAUAUUUUAAUAAGCUGGCUCAUUUUCAUUAAACAAGUAAAUAAAGAUAGAGAGUAAAAUACUCUGAAAAAGGUUCUGUAUCCUAAAAUAACCA